UAUAUGAACUUGUCUCUUCUCUAUGUAGAGAAGGAACGCCAUGUGAAAGCAAAUGCAAGGGACUACAAUGAGAAGUUCCAAUAUGCUGACAACCAUAUCAAAACCUCAAAGUACAACAUUCUCACCUUCCUGCCCAUCAACCUGUUUGAGCAGUUCCAGAGGGUAGCCAACGCUUACUUCUUAGUGCUGCUGAUACUGCAGUUGAUUCCAGAAAUUUCCUCCCUGUCAUGGUUCACAACCAUUGUGCCUUUGGUGCUGGUGCUGGUCAUCACAGCAGUAAAGGACGCCACAGAUGACUAUUUCCGCCAUAAGAGUGAUCAGCAAGUCAACAACCACCAGUCUCAGGUUCUGAUCAGGGGAAGACUGCAGAAUGAGAAAUGGAUGAACAUCCAGGUUGGGGAUAUCAUCAAACUGGAGAACGAUCAGUUUGUUGCUGCAGACAUCCUCCUUCUCUGUAGUAGUGAGCCGUAUGGACUCUGCUAUUUAGAGACUGCAGAGCUGGAUGGGGAAACAAACCUGAAAGUUCGUCAGGCUCUGACUGUCACUUCAGAAAUGAAGGAUAUUUCAAAACUAAUGGACUUUGAUGGAGAAGUAAAUUGUGAACCACCGAACAACAAGCUGGAUAAAUUUACAGGAACUUUAUCCUGGAGAAACAACAAAUACUCUCUAGACAAUGAAAAAAUACUGCUGCGGGGUUGUGUGCUCAGAAACACGGAGUGGUGCUUUGGAUUGGUCAUCUUUGCUGGACUGCAAACUAAACUGAUGCAGAACUGUGGAGAGACUACAUUUAAAAGAACAAGUAUCGACAAGCUCAUGAACACUUUGGUUCUGUGGAUCUUUGCCUUGCUCAUUUGUAUGGGACUCAUUUUGGCUGUUGGAAACACCAUCUGGGAGAGCUGGACCGGCAGAAACUUUCAGGUGUUUUUGCCAUGGGAUGAGAUUCAGAGCAGUGUUGUUUUCUCUGGCUUCCUCACCUUUUGGUCCUACAUCAUCAUCCUCAACACUGUGGUGCCCAUCUCACUUUAUAUCAGUGUGGAGGUUCUGCGGCUCGGUCACAGUUACUUCAUAAACUGGGAUCUGAAGAUGUACUACAGGCAGGUGGACACGGCGGCCGAGGCUCGUACCACCACCCUGAGCGAGGAGCUGGGUCAGGUGGAGUUCAUUUUCUCGGACAAGACUGGGACCCUCACCCAGAACAUCAUGGUGUUCAAAAAAUGUUCCAUUAAUGGACACACAUAUGGUGAUAUCUAUAAUGAAUCCGACCAGAAGGUGGAAAUUACAGAAAAAACAGCCUGUGUGGACUUUUCCUUCAACCCUCUCAGUGACAGAAGAUUUAAGUUUUACGAUGGCAGCCUACUUGAAGCUGUUAAACUGGAGGUUCCUGCAGUGCACGAGUUCUUCAGACUGCUGGCUCUGUGUCACACUGUCAUGUCAGAGGAGAAGAUUGAAGGCAACCUGGUGUACCAGGCACAGUCUCCUGACGAGGGAGCGCUGGUCACUGCAGCACAAAACUUUGGCUUUGUCUUCAGGGCUCGAACCCCCGAGAGCGUCACGCUGUGUGAGAUGGGACGAGUGGUCACCUACACGCUGCUGGCCAUACUGGACUUCAACAACGUGCGCAAGAGAAUGAGUGUCAUUGUCAGAACUCCAGAGGGCCAGAUUAAACUCUACUGCAAAGGAGCUGACACUAUUAUCUUUGAGCAUCUGGAUCCAUCCAGUGAGGACCUCAUGUACACUACCUCAGAACAUCUCAACGAAUUUGCUGGAGAAGGUCUCCGAACAUUAGCUCUGGCCUACAAAGAUCUCGAUGCAGAUUAUUUUGACAUUUGGAUGAAGAAACAUCUGUUUGCCAGCACUGUGAUGGAGAACCGUGACGAACAGCUGGCUGUGCUCUAUGAGGAGAUCGAGCAGGGCUUGAAGCUUCUAGGAGCCACAGCCAUCGAGGACAAACUUCAGGAAGGAGUCCCUGAAACUAUCGCCCGUCUUAACCUUGCUGACAUCAAGAUCUGGGUCCUCACAGGAGACAAACUAGAGACAGCGAUGAACAUUGGAUACUCCUGCAACAUGCUGCGAGACGACGUGAAUGAAGUGUUUGUGAUCUCUGGAAACACACCACUGGAGGUGCAGCAGCAGCUCAGGAGUGCUCUUGAGCACAUUCUCGGCCUGAGUCGAGUUUGUGGUGCAGACGAUGUUGCAAAGACAGAUAUGUCUGCAGAUGAUGAUGUGUUUGAAGAAGCCAUUAUUGCAGAGUAUGCUUUGGUCAUCAAUGGGCACAGUUUGGCUUACGCUCUGGAGCCGCAGCUGGAGCACGUUUUAUUGGAGCUGGCCUGUUUGUGUAAAACAGUGAUCUGCUGCCGGGUCACUCCUCUGCAGAAAGCUCAGGUGGUGGAGCUGGUGAAGAGGCACAAGAGGGCGGUCACUCUGGCCAUUGGAGAUGGAGCCAAUGAUGUCAGCAUGAUUAAGACUGCUCACAUUGGCGUUGGUAUCAGCGGUCAGGAGGGGAUGCAGGCUGUCUUGGCUUCAGAUUACUCCUUCGCUCAGUUUCGGUACCUGCAGAGGCUCCUGUUGGUGCACGGACGCUGGUCCUACUUCCGCAUGUGUAACUUCCUUUGCUACUUCUUCUACAAAAACUUUGCCUUCACGCUGGUUCACUUCUGGUAUGGAUUCUUCUGUGGUUUCUCUGCUCAGACUGUGUAUGACCAGUGGUUUAUUACGCUCUUCAACAUAGUCUACACUUCUCUUCCAGUCCUGGCGAUGGGAUUAUUUGACCAGGACGUUGAUGACAAGAACAGCCUUCGUUACCCGAGCCUGUACAAACUCGGCCAGCAGAACCUCCUCUUCAACAAACGGCAGUUCUUCCUGUGUACGCUGCAGGGACUGGGAAUAUCCUCUCUGCUCUUCUUUAUUCCAUAUGGAGCUUUCUCUGUCAUGGUCAAAGAGGAUGGCUCUCUCUUUACCGACCAACAAACCUUUGCUGUCACCAUAGCAACAUCCUUGGUCAUUGUCGUAAGUGUUCAGAUUGGACUGGACAAACACUACUGGACAGCUGUCAAUCACUUCUUCAUAUGGGGCAGCUUGAUAAUGUACUUUGCCUUAUUGUUUGCAAUGCAAAGUGACGGCAUGUUUGGUAUUUUUCAGAGUCAGUUUUCAUUUGUAGGCACAGCUCGUAACUGUCUGUCAGAGGUGAGUGUGUGGUUGGUCAUUGUGCUCACCUCUGUGGUGUGUGUCAUGCCCGGCUUAGCGGUCAGCUUCCUGAGAGUAAACCUCUUCCCAACUGUGACGGAUAAGGUUCGACACCUACAACAGUCCAGAAAGAAGGAUGGACCUCAGACGCAGAACCUGAAGCGAGUACGCAGGACGAGCUCCCGACGCUCUGCAUAUGCCUUCUCCCACCAGCAGGGCUACGGGGAGCUGAUCACCUCAGGGAAAAACAUGAGAGCGGGAUCUGUGUCCUCUGCUUGCUCUCCUGGAAGGACUCCCCUCUGCUCCACCUGGAUAGAAAGCGUGUUGAAGAGAAAAAACGAAGUCUCCUGCGUCUCUGAUGAAAACCUGGGAGCACCAGAAAGCACAGAAGGAGCAACACAGACUGAAAAGCAACAGCACUCAGACUGAGCUUGACCUUUGACCUACAGGUACUGAACAAACUGUAGGACACCAUAUGCAUGGGUCUCACAGGCAAAGCACAAGGUUUGAGUAUGAUAAUACUCAAAUCCUACAACACAGGAAUACCUCAUAAUUUAAACAGUGCUGUUCAUGUGGACUCUGUUGGAUGUUAAAGGCCAAUCAAAACAUUAUCCAGACAUACAUUUACCCCAAAAUGCCAGUCAUUUCAAAACAAUUCUUAAAGAAGAUAGUUGACUUUUUAUCAUCUAAGACGUUUUUUUAAUGUGGAAACUCAGCUUGAUUUGAGGAGACAUAUGUUAAAACGAGAUAUUGCAUGAGUUGCAAAAGUUUAAAAAAGUAUUUAUGUUAAAUUUUUCAGCCUCAACUGAUUCAGUUUGAACUGAAUCUGAAGAAAAUUACAGCAUUUCACAACCUCAAGAGGAACCUUUAGACAGCACAAACAGACUACUGUCUCAACAAAAAUGAGCACAAAAAAAGGUUGCUUUGAAUGCCAGUACAAGAGUUCAUUAAGUUGUUAAGGCUAUUUUUCUAUAAAGCCUAUGCACCAAAAUUCCCAACCUCCCAUCAAAGAACUAAAAUGUUUCCUUAUAAAAAAAAAAUGUAAUAAAAAUGACAAAUGAAAAGCACAACUUACUUAUUCACUGGAAUGCAAUUUAUAUAUAAUAAAAAUUAUAGAUAAUUUUUUCAGCUUCAGUUAAAUAAAAAAAAGAAACGGGUGAAACUGGCAUGCAUGUCUAUUUUCUUAUCCUGCAUGAAAAUCCUCCCAAAGUAAAUACUGGCAUUUAAAUACUGACAUUAUACAGCAACUGAAAAUUUGAAUAGUUUUCAUCCAUCUCCAAACAUGACGCUCACAUACUCAUGUGACCAAAAAGUGUUUUACAAACAAGAAUUAUUUGAUCUUUUUAAUCCAUCAAUCUUUUAGAAGACGUGAUUCAUUGAUCAAGAAGAGUUUCGGGAGUGAUGAGAAAAAGGACCCUGAGGAGAUUUUAAAAGCAGAGUGCUUCAGUUACAUUCAGUACAGUACAGUAACUCGUGCCUUACACCACUGAACCUCCACCAUCACUGCUCUCUAAUGACCUUAAAACCCUGCCGGGAGAGCUUGAGCUCAGCAGGGGAUCUUAUAGUCAGGACGCCCCACACUGGUUUCCCCACUGAUCCCACAACAAAACAGAACACAACAGCACAUUUAAUUCUUGUUUUGUGUGCUCAUUUUGUAAAUAUUUUGUUCACAUGUAACAUGUUAAAAAGGAUAGAUAGAUGGUCUACAGCUGCAGAAAUUAAACUUGGAUUUAUUGUAA